AUGCUAGCUACAGCCGAGAUAGUGGCUAUACGGUAAGCUAAUUCAGUUCUGUGUCUUUAGAAGGCGUUGACACAGGCGCUCUGUCUUCCGUGGCCAUCUUUGCCCCUAGUUAGGUAUUACAAACCGUAUAACCCCUUGAUGACAGUGAUGUAUACUUCACGUAUCCGAUGAGAAAACAUCACUUACAGGCUACGUCACCCCACCGUUUUGUCUGGCAAUCAUAAGACGACGACCUCGCCAUACGGAUGGCUUGGGAAUGAUGAGUGUUUAUAAUUCCCGAAUCGCUUAGGAGCACUGUGUAUUGCUCACAUUUUCAAUUUCUGUGUGACUGCACUGGCCUGAAGAUGAGUUGCCAAUAAACUAAUGUUUUCCAAAUUGAAUUAUCGAUUAUUUGAUUGGUUCGACCGCAAGUUGUACAUCCGUGAGUAACGGUCAUCCUGUAGAUGCAGAAGGUGGCCGGAAUUUCGCCGCCAGACAGAGGUCAGUGUCGGAACACUGAAGACGAAAUUUGUGUCAUUCAGAAAGCAUGCAGAGCGGUUACCACCCAGACGAGACAAAUGAUGUUACCUGCUACAAGCCUCACUCCAAACCCAUGACUGGACAUACCCUACACCACAACACAAAAGCCACAUGGAGGAUACUUAAACCUAUCCGGGCCGGAAUUAAACUGAGAACCAGGCGAGUUUACUUGCGCGGGGGGAGUGUGCAGUUGGAAACUCCAUCGAUAAUUUGACUGCGGAGUGAAUGCGCUGGGGGCUGCAGACGCACUGCUCUAAUUGAAGUAACCGUGCUAUUCCGGAACGGUAAUGCCGGCAUAGGGGUUUCGCUGUUUCUUUUCAAGAUGUGAGGAUUGAAAGGAUAUAUGUUGUGCCUAGGGGUAAGUUGACCCAAACAACGGACCACACGGGAGCCAGAGCUAUGUCCUGCACACGCUAUUGAACUGGACACUCAUAACAAAGGCGGGGAAGAAAAUUGUGAUGUCACGUCUAGGCGCAGGUACGUGCCGUGCCGGCCACCGACGACUAAAACUGCCUCCGGUAUUUUUGACUGAGACCUGACAUUGAGUACACACCUGCACGGCGAACCCUUCAAACACACGCCCUCACUCCAUCUGAAUAUUUAAGAAACUUUUAAAUACAUACCCGUGUCUAUUUGAAAAUUGAAAUUUGAGAACUUCUGACUAGCUUUAGAAGAAGAGUACGCAGUUCUGAUAAACAGAAGUGAAAUUAUAUAUUUACGUACGGCUAUGUAUAAUAGAAUGCGAGAGCUUGCAACGACAAUACGUCACUGAAGACGAACAGAAUAAGUUUGAUAGGAAUCUGACUUGAUCAUUUGAUUAGGAGCUUUAUUUGCCUGACGUUUCGGGUUCACGCCCGAACCCAUCGUCAAAUACAGUAUCAGCUACGAGUGAGUUUGGCUAGUACAAAGUGUCGUCUCAGAAUCUGCCUGUUUGAAGCUGGUCCUAUGAUUCAUGACGCAAAAUGAUUCACUAUCCCUUUAUUAAGUCAGGCCAGCACCGCUGACUGCAAUCUCCUACAUACCACCACCACCACCACCACCACCACCACCACCACCACCACCACCACCACCACCACCACCACCACCACCACCACCAACACCCCCACCACCAGCAAAACCAUCGUCACCAAAACCACCACCACUACCACCACCAUCACAAAAUUAUGUUUAUGCUAGCCGAAAACAUUUUGGUACCAUGUUUAUUUAA